CCUAAAAAUUUUAGCGCAUGCAUGAAAUUUUUGAGUUGUAGUAACUGGAAUUGAAAUUUCUUUUGUCAUUACUCUAGCUUAUUAAUUGCAUAAUGGCUGAUAGAAUGGAAGUGGAUCUGUCCCUUGAUGAAAUUAUCAAAAAAAAUAGAGGAAAGUUUAGUAGUAAUUAUAGAAACAGAGGCGGUCGAGUUAUGCGUAGCCGUGGUACUCGUGGUAAUAGAGCAAACAAUCCUGGAAGAGGUGCUCGUACGAAACAGUAUUUCAACAGAGGAAACUUUACGUCACUGAGAGGCGUUUUUAAACCACGAGCCAGACCUGCAUUUUUGUCUACUAAUACAAUUAGACGUGGAUCGAUUAAUAAUGUUGAAAGAGGACCUGCAAAACUCUUAAUUUCAAAUCUUGAUUAUGGUGUUUCUGAUUCAGACAUUAAAGAGUUAUUUGGAGAUUUUGGUAAUCUACGCAAAGCAGUCGUACAUUAUGAUCAGUCUGGUCGUUCUCUUGGUACUGCUGAUGUAGUUUUUGAAAAACGUAAUGAGGCAGUUCGUGCAAUGGCACAAUAUAAUGGAGUACCUCUUGAUGGUAGAGCUAUGAAGAUACAAAUUACCAGCUCAUUUACACCAAGAUUCAAUUCAUUUUCAUCAAAUAUUGGAAGAAGAGGGAGUGCUGGAAG